ACUCAGCUGUUGCGCCGGGGAGAGUGCGGUAGCAGAGCCUCUGGUCUAGCACUGGGUACACGUCUGGGUGACACCAGUGUCCCACGUCUGGGGUGGCGUGUAGUGUGGUGAAAAAGUGGUGCAGAACGGUGGUCAACAUUGGUGACUGCGCUAGUGAGGGCGUGGAACUGGUGACCAUGUGGUGACUGAGCCACAGGCUGUGCUCCGCUCUGGUGACGGAGCUGGUGAUCUUACUGGUACUGGUGACGGUGGCAGCGGGAGCAAUCGACACAAGGCCAAACACGCACACGUACGGUCCGCGAUGUCGGGCCGCGGCUGUGGAGUGGUCUCCUGCUACCACGAGCACGUGUCACGACUCUCCGUCACGUUUGGCGCCGUCACGCUGGCGCUCGUUACGCUGUGCGUGGCUACCGACCGCUGGGUGACCACCACCGAGGGGUCGCCAGUGACGUCAGAGCCAGCCGCCUCCAGUGACGUCACCAGGUUCAGAAUCGGCCUGCUGCGGAUCUGCCGCCUGGCCGACCAGGAAGGUGAUGGUUCGAACUCCUCAGACUCCGAGGAUUGCUCCUGGAUUGAUUAUCUAAACACAGACCGUCUCACCAGCGUGGACAUCAAAUCCAUUCACCUGGUGGCCGUGUUCACCGUCAGCGUCGUCGACCGGAUCAGGCGGAUAGCUCCGGUGCUGGCACUGUGUCUGACAGUGGCCGUGGUCGGCUGCGUGCUCUCCAUCGUGGGACACUGCAGAAAGUCGCGCUGCACCAUCGCCGCUGCCGGCAUGUUCGUGUUAGCAGGUCUGCUACUGGGCUCCGCUCAGGUGGCCAUGAUGAACAUGCUCUCAGACGAGUUCCUCGUUCGUCCGCUACGCUCCGGUGGCGCCACCAGCUACAAAAUGGGCGCCUGCUUCUACGGCGCCGCCGCCGCCAUCUUGGUCGCUCAGCUGGCGGCACUCAUGUCCGCACACGCUUUUCUUCGGCGCGUGCGCAGUCCGGUCGACCUGCUGAAACGCGCGCCCACGCGUCCUCCGGAACUUUUUGUCGGGACGCACAAGCUGGAUCUCGCCGCAGAAUCGCCCCUGGCGCCCGUGGUCGGUCACUCGCGUACGCUGCCCUCUCGCGGACGGUAUGCGAAACAGGUGACAUUUGACCUUGACGAGCCGCGCCCUCUAGUGGAGAACAAUGGCGGCGUAGCGGGAGGUCACGUGAGGUCGCUGUGCGACCUGCACAGAGCCGAUGAUCGAUUUGAUUGUAGUAGAGUGUAGAGGGGAGGGGGGACUUUCGGGGGACUUUCGGGGGGAGGACUUUGAGGGAAAAAAAUGUGAAGAGGCACUAGGCAGGGAAGGGAGGGGUAAUCGGCAAUGUUUUCACUGAGUGUGUAUGUUAGGCUAGUGGAUAUCGUGGGCGAUUUUUGUUAUGGACUUGUCACAUCAAUGCUUGGCGAGAGCCGAGAACACAGCGAUUUUUGUUGUAAGGACAAAAUAUAUUCGUACUGUGUUUGGUAACGGGCCUUACAGA